UAAUAAUAAUAAUAAUAAUAAUAAUUUUUAAUUAACCCAAUCCUACUCACAUAUAUUCUACGCUUUAUAUCUAAUAAUUGUGGAUUAUACACACUCAACAUUUUGGGGUUUCGCUUCAUUCAACACAUAUUAUUUAUAUACUACAGUUAAUAAAUAAACGCUCAACGCUUGAACAAGGCGAGAUCAUGAUUGAAUGAAAAUCACAAAUCACUUCUACACUUCGAUUUCCUCCGCCUCCUUGUCCUCCUCGUCUGAUGAGAUGAUUUAAUCAAUUUUUGUAUAAUGGCUACUGAAACUACAACGACUACGAGAACUAUUGCUGCAGCUGUGGGUGCUAGUAAAAAAGAGGAUAAAAUGUUUAAAAGUCAUGCAUUCAAUUCAAAAAUUAAACAUUUCCAUCAUUCACAAGGACAUGACCACCACCACCACGAAGGUGAAGAAGAAGUAGACGACGUCGCCCGACACGAAGGCAAUAGAUACUCACGUAAUUAUCUUGCCAAUGAAGCAGAAGAAACAGCAACAAGAACACCUUCUGGAGGAAUUCGUCGUCAUCCUAAUGACGGUCAUGUAUUCCCCAUGUUGGCUACAAAUACUUAUAAUAAUAGCAGUCAUGUACCAAUGAAAAGUCAUACAAUCAUUGAUACAGACAAUGAAGUCUUUGCAUCAAAAGUUGUUGAAAAAAAAUCGACAAAUAUUGACAAGGCCUCAACACUAUUGAGUAUUAGUAACACUAAUAACAACUUAACAGAUACAAGGAUUAAACCAAACGGUGGAGUACAAAAAGUUGACUACCUGCUGUUCGAUGCACCAUCAUGGAUGAAACAGACAAAAGUGAAGAGUACUCAGCAAAAAGCCAAUAAUAAUUCUCUUCUUCUUUCUUCACAAGCAAGAACUGCAUCUUCUUCAUCACCACCACCACCGCCUCUACCUCAAUCUUCACCUCCACCACCUCAAAUCCCCUUAUCACUUCCACCAUUAAUUUCAUCAUCAUCAAAGUUAACAGAUGAGAAACGUGAAUUUUUCCCUGAAAAAAUGCCUAUCAUUAAUAGAGAGACGACUAACAACAGUAAAGCGGUGGUUUCUGAAAGCUGGACUACUAAUCCACAGUCAAACAAUGUAAUCACAGCAAAAGCUUCACCAGCUAUCCGAUCAACAAGUCCAAGAUCAAAUCAGUCGCCAAGAUUUGUUAGAUCAGCAUCUGAAAGAUUUCCAGAAAUAAAUUCAAAGAUCAACCGUUUUUCGGGUACACGAAAGUUUGAAGACAUUUACUUGGAAAAUGAAUCACACAAUGAUCUAUUGAAAAGGAAUACACACAGUACAAACAUUUCAAUAGGUCAUCAUCAUGCUGUUGAAGAUUUUAUCGAUGUACCACAAAAAGUGGCGGCAUAUUCAGCAAUGACAACAAAGACAAUAUUACCUGAUAUUGAAAAGUUUAAUCAUACCACCACUAAUACAACAACAACAACGAAUCUACCAAGUAAAUUCAGCGAACCUUUACACCAAGUAAUGAAACCAUCGAGUGAUCCAUUAUUAUUGGAUAAAGAAUCAAGUUGGAUUAAACGCAAAAAUGAUGAAGUGCUACACAGUGAGAUUAAAAUUGAUCAUUCUCCUGUAAUGAAACCAUUAAAACAACCAGUCCAAGUGAGAGUAGCCUCAGGUCCACUAACAUCAGCAGCAGCAGCAGCAGGACCAAUAUACUCUGAACAACCAUCAUUCUCUUCACGGAUGAUACACAGUUCACCGUGUAGUCCAACACUAGAAAGAAAUAUGACUAUAAAACGUAUUCAUCAUGACGAUGAUGGAUAUUUACGACAGCAUUCAAGACAGACUGGUCUCCCGCCACGUCCAUUACGUUCACCAAUCAUGCGUAUCAGUGGUCGAUCUGCUUCACCUGGCCUGAAUCGUAGCUCUUUGAAAACCCAAUCAUCUGGACAAUUCGGUAAUGGUACAACAACAUCUACACGUAUAGAUCCAAUUACUGGAGAAUUACAGCAUGUAACAACACGGACAAGAUCAUAUACAGAUUUAAAUCAGAAUGCUACAGUCGAUGAAGUUGAAGAACAUAUAUGCGGUGAAGGUAAUACAGAAGUAAGAGUGGUUCGACGUAAAACGAGAAGAAUUAAACCGAAUGUUAAUCGGGAAUCCAGAAGUAAUGACAGUACAAUAUUUCAUCAAGAUUCUAGAACUCGUCAUCGUACAGAAGAAACAAAAACAGAACAAAGAGCUGAAGAAGAAAUGCACUAUCAAUUUCCUGUUACUAAAGUUCAACCACAUAGGACUGCGAGUCAAACAAACAUCAGUGGACCUGCAUCUGUCAGUAAAACAGCCUGGCUAUCAGAGACAAAUUUACGAAAUAGUUCAAUGUGUAAACAACCACCAAUGUAUUCAACAUAUUCUGCACACAAAGAAAAUCUACGCCGGAUGCAAGAACAAAGGAGAACAGCAGAAGACUGGCAGACAUCAAAUAGACAGUUGCAUGAUAGCCGAUCAGUUGGUAGUCGUGCUGUCCUGGAGGAAAUGGAGACAAUAACACUACAACCGAUUGGUCGAGGUGUACACGAUCUUGAACCACCAGCUGGUUCAAUAGCACGAUCAGUUCGAGCUAAUACUCCAACCGCAAAUCGAUCAUAUGCUCCUGGUGGAUGGGAUCAACAAGAUGGUUUUCGUACUAUUGCAACAACCAAUUAUCAUCGUGAAUUACACGCAUCUGGACCUCAAUCACCAUAUCUUGGAGCAUUUGGACCGAAUUCGCAUUAUGAAGCAACACCAAUCGGUAAUCGUUCAGUCGUUCAACAAUCUGAGAAUAACUGGAAGACUACAACUGCCUUCUCUCCAGCUGGAAGUUUGUCUGGUACGAAUGUGGUUAUUGAUGGUGUAGACGGUGAUGUAGCAGGAAUGCGUCAAGUGGUUGAUACUUCAAAAUACUGGUAUUUACCAGGGAUUUCACGUCCAGAUGUAAUCGCAUUGCUACGUGACAAAGAACCUGGCAGUUUUGUUAUUCGCAACAGUAAUACAUACGCUGACAGUUUUGGUCUGGCACUGAAAAUUCCACCAAGUUCACCAAGAGGGCUACCUAAUAAAGAUGAUAAUCAAUCAGAAUGGGUUCGUCAUUUUCUUAUUGGUACUGUACCUAUGCAUGAUGGACGUGGGAAUGGUGUUCAUCUGCGUGGAUUUUCUAGUGAUCCAACCUUUCCAAGUUUAGCAGCUUUUGUUCAUUAUCAUAUUAAUCGACAAGGUGCCCUGCCUUGCACCCUACGUCUUCCUACAGUCAGUAAUCAUACUGUAUUCAAUCAACAACGAAUGACUGUCAAUGAUCAUGGUGCUUAUAGUUCAGAAACACCAUUGCCAACAGCAGUGCCUAGCAGUACAAUGACAAUGGAUAUGUUAUAUCUUGGCUCAGUUGAAGUUGAUCGUUUAGAAAAUAUGAAUGCUGCAAGUCGAGGAAUCGGGAAAAUUCUUAGUCUAGCUGAAUCGUAUUCAGAUGGUCUACCAAAACAAUGUGAAGUACAGAUUAAAGUUAUUCCACAUGAAGGAGUUACAUUCAUGGAAAAAUCAAGACGAAGUUUAUGGAAAAAAGUUAUUAAACCAAGCAAUCUACUUUGGUGUGGUAUGGAUCCAGAAAAUAGAGAAUUUAAUGACGUAGAACUACGAUCUAAAGGAAUGUAUGGUGCAAAGUUAUUUGCUUUGGUGGCCCGUAAGCAACGCUUUUGGUUACAUGAAAAUGUGGUUUAUGUGUUCUGUGAAGUAAAUCACAAUCAUUCAGCAGCCCAGCUAACCAGAUAUGUGAAUUCUGUAUUCCCUUCUAAGAUUCUAUACUUCACUGAUAUUUAUUUAACAUAA